CGAUAGAGUUCAACAAUGUCAUCACGUCGUCUACACCUCAAACGCUCUCCGUGACAACUGAUCUGCGCGCGUCUCACAUCCGGACUUUGUCACCAAGCUUUGUGAUAAUUUGUCCCUGGUUCUAGUUGCCAAUCUGUAUCGUUUUGGCCGCAAAUAUUCGCAUUGGUCUCGCUUUCACUGCGGGCAUCAGCAAUUGUCUCGGCAAAUAGCAUCGCUACACUCAUAAAUUCAGUCCAGUCUACGAUCCGUUGAUGAUUUGGCCAUCACUUCUUCGCAACACAUCACCUGUACUCGCCGAACUAACACAAUGGCGCCCGCACAAGAAAUAAGCUCGCUGAAGCGUGCGAGAGACUCCACAGGUGCCAGUCUCGAAGAUACCAAAAAGGCCCGCCGCUCAGAUCGUUUAAAUGUACUGGAGCCUAGUUCACAGGUGCAUGCAGGUCCUUUCCUUUCGCCAGUCACACGAAAAGGGACAGAGGCAACCGACGAGUCACGAGGACAGGAUCUGCCACCUUUUAGCGAUGUGGAGCAACCAUCCACUCCCAUCUCAAGUCGCAACACAUCCUCUCAAUACAAAUCUUCAUUGCUAUCGCCUCCCCGCGACACUCAGGCAUAUUCGCAAUUCAUUGCACCACCUCCAAUAGCUUAUGAGGUCGAAGAUGAGGAAGCCGAGGGCGUUUGGGGAUAUCUGGUGCCAACGCAGGGCACCCCAGUCACAGAUCCGCUUGUAUUGAAACCCCGGACAAGUUGUCCAGUACCGGAAAGCUCGGUCGGUGAUCCGAGCGGAAAGCAAGUAGUAUCGAAGAAGUACUGGGCGAAGAAGGAGCAGGAGUACGAGAAGAAAAAAUCGCUGAAUGGCACACCCGCAAGUGGAUAUCUAAUAGGACGGCAUCCGGAGUGUGAUCGUAUCAUCAACGAGCUCACCGUGAGCAACAGGCAUUGCUUGCUCUGGUCAGAGAACCGCGAUGGAGACUCGUUCGCUAUCGUGGAGGACUUGAGCGGAAACGGUACAUAUGUCAAUGAUGCAUUGCUUGGUCGAAACAAUCGUCGUGAGCUGCAAGAUGCGGACGAGAUUUCCAUCGUCGGCGAGGCACGAUUUAUAUUCCGCUAUCCGAGAAACAAAGAAGCGAACAGGUUUCACCAGGAGUACAAUGUCCAGGGACAACUUGGCAAAGGUCACUUCGCCACCGUCUACCUAGCAUUCGAGAAGAAAUCUGGCAAGAGCUUUGCCGUGAAGAAAUUUGAGAAGCGACGGGGGCCGAGCGAGAAGAGCAAAGUCGAAGGUUUGAAACAAGAGAUCGCGGUACUAAUGAGCGUAUCACAUCCGAACAUGCUAUGCCUCAAGAAUACAUUUGACGAGCCCGACGGAGUGUAUUUGGUGCUCGAAUUGGCGCCCGAGGGCGAGCUUUUCAACUGGAUCGUCAUGAAGCAAAAGCUCACCGAAGCAGAGACACGCAAAGUUUUCAUUCAAUUAUUCCAAGGAGUCAAAUACUUACACGAACGGAAUAUUGUGCAUCGCGAUAUCAAACCAGAGAACAUUCUCGUGAUUGACAAGUCGCUCAACGUCAAGCUCGCUGACUUUGGCCUGGCCAAGAUUAUCGGCGAGGAGUCUUUCACCAACACCUUGUGUGGCACGCCGUCUUACGUUGCUCCUGAGAUCCUUGUCCAAGGCGAUCGACGUCGAUACACCAAAGCUGUGGAUGUCUGGAGUUUGGGAGUGGUGUUGUACAUUUGCUUGUGCGGUUUCCCGCCGUUUUCGGAUGAACUCUAUCACAAGCACAAGUACCCAUACACUUUAAGUGAUCAGAUCAGGCAAGGCAAAUUCGAUUAUCCGCAACCGUACUGGGAUGUGGUCUGCGAUGAUGCAUUGUACCUCAUCGACCGUAUGAUCGAAGUGGACAUGGAGAAACGUAUAACUGUCGACGAGGCUCUCCAACAUCCCUGGAUCACCCAGAACACAAUCAGUCUCACCGAUAGUACCGAUGGACUGACCGGCGCUCUGGCGGGCAUGGAAUUCUCUCGACGACGAGUUCAGCGAGAACGCACUCUGCUUGCUUCCAUAAACGACGUCAAGAUCGAGCGGAUCGUGCAGACGCAAACCGACGAACCUCCUGUCAAGAUAUUCGACAAAAACGCCAACACAAACGGGCCGAAGUUGCCGCCAGCCAAGGAGGCGGCUGUCAAGGCUGCUCAAGAGUCUGUCGCUGAGAACAUUGACACGGUCAAGGGUGAGAGACAGCCCGAUGCGGAUCGUGACCCGAACGAGUUCAUUUCAAUGGGUGGAAAAGGAGACGCCGUGUUGUUCGGAGACAAUUCAGGAAGUCACUAUCCUGAAGAUGCAGUUUGAGUGUUGAAUUUGGUGGUUGAGACUGAUGCAUCUCGAGGGCUGUACAAUAAUCUUUUCUUGUAUUAUGCCCCUGCUCCUUCGGGCAUCAUUGUGGACGUUGGCAGAUUUAGUUGGUCAUGAGAUUAUGUACGAAGAAGACGAAUUUGUUGAAAAGGUCGGUACACCACUCGCAUGAAUUUAUGUCGCAUAUCAUGAGUGAUCUGCUCGAUCGAGUGAAUGCUGUAGAAGUUUAAAGUAGCCAUCAGGUCAGUGACUUGUUCAGUGAAUCGAAGCAACCAAAGUCUCGAG